AUGACAGACAUCGUCCCGUCCUACCAUCGCGUGCCUUUUUUCUCUGCCCUGCUACAACCUCCGCCUCUUCUUGUCGCCGGCAAGUCGAAAAAGGCAGAGUCGUCAAAGGUCGCAUCGUCCGCCACGGAGCGUCGACCGCAGUUUCCCUUUUGCAUCGCGCGCAACGGUACUCGAAUCACAAAGAAUGAAGGACAGGACUGUGUACAAAUCGUCAAAGGCCGUCGGAAAGCCAAAGAGUGGGUAACGAAAUCGAGAUCGAGUAUAUGUUUCGCGUCGUGA